UAUCCUCCCUUCUCUAUGGUGUCAGCCAGUCUAUCCUCCCUUCUCUAUGGUAGAGGUCAUUGGCAGGGAAUCAUGGCUGCCUCCAGCCGACUGAAGUCCACACUGGCUCUGGUGACAGGUGGCGGCAGCGGCAUCGGACGAGCGGUGUGUCAGAGGCUUUCCCAAGAGGGCGCUUCGGUUGCCGUCGUCGAUUUGAACAUCAACUCUGCUAAUGACACUCUACAGACGUUAUCGUCUAACCUCCCCGGACAAGAGCACGCGGCGUUCACGGCCGACGUCUCCCAAGGCGCCAGCGUCGGUGCGCUAAUGGAGCAGAUCCAGUCUCGCUUCUCUGCCCCUCCUCGUGUUGCUGUCAGCAGCGCCGGAAUCACCCGGGACGAGUUUCUGCUUCGCUUGUCAGAGGAAGCCUUCGAUUCUGUGCUCAGCGUCAACCUCAAGGGUACAUUUCUGAUUACACAAGCCGUGGCCCGAGCGAUCGUAGCCACGGGACAAAACGGAGGUUCCAUCGUCAACAUUGGCAGUAUUGUGGGAAAGGUGGGCAAUCUCGGUCAGGCCAACUAUGCUGCAUCUAAGGCUGGAGUAGAAGGUUUCACUAGGACUGCUGCUAAAGAACUGGCUAAGUUCGAUAUCCGAUGUAACACCGUACUGCCUGGGUUUAUCGCCACACCGAUGACUGACAAAGUCCCACAGAAAGUCCUGGACAAAUUUGCUGGUCUGAUUCCAAUGGGAAGACUUGGUCAGCCAGAAGAUAUCGCAGAUGUCUGUGCGUUCCUGGCUUCGAAUGACAGUAGAUAUAUUACAGGAACAAGUAUUGAAGUGACAGGUGGACUGUAUUUAUGAUCCUUUCUGGUACCUGCAGUCCCCAUGGACAGUGGAAAGAACUCUUUAUAUCCUACAAUUCUGGAUCCUGCUGUAUGACCCGGCCAAGCAUCUUGUAAGGAGAGAAGAAUUACUGCCUUUGGUGUCCUUUUAUGAAAGUGCGGUAAAAUACCGCUAUUCAGUUCUCAGGGGAGAUCGCUCUCCUCUGAGUGCCUGUUUAUGAAGCUUUGUAGAUUGGUUCUCAUGUUGAGAUGAGAAGCGAUCUACAAACGCCGGGAACUCCUGAGAACGGCUCCUCUCACUAUAAUCUCGCGGGAUUACAGUAUGAGGAAGUGAAAAAUGCAAAAGUUGAACACGAAUCAGCACACAUUAUACACCA